AUGGAACGCGCUACAGAUUAUACCUGGAGGGCUUAUGAGGAUCGUACACUUUCUGAGCUUCUACAGUUUGAUUUUACGCCCGAUACAGAGGAUAUAAGCGAUUAUGUCGACCCAUUUGACAGCGAGCAAGAAUUUGAAACCGCAAUUCCUGACCCGGACGAGGCACCUAAUAUUCCGACUCCCUUAACCUUUCACCUAACUCGCGCUAUAUCAGCUGCUGUGAUUAAGUAUGAGAUUCUUGAGCGAAAGUAG